GGGACGGGAUGUGAACACACGGGAUGACGUCAGAGAGACGCACCUUAAAACCAAAAUGCUCAUCAUAGGAGGAUGCAUCAGUGGAUCACACACACACACACGGGAGCGCGCACACACCGACGCAAACUGCUUUGUAAAACAGCAGGGACACUAAAAGAAGCCCAAGAAGUUACUUUCCCGGGCUGUUUUUCUUGUUAUUGUUUAUUGUGUUUGUUUAUUAUUUUAAGCGCCUCAACAUGGAGGACGCGGUGCGUAAACAUCUGCGCGCUCCGAUUCGGACGCGCUGUUAGAUGAUUGUGUGAUGGAAUGAAAAAAGAAAAAGUGGGAAGUUGAACGGCCAGCAGCCCCUGAGUGUCUGUGGGGAGAAGAGAAGAGAAGAGAAGAGUCCGCGUGAGACACGGAUGCUGUUGGAUGUCGCCGCGCGCUCUCACUACUUUUGCCUGAUUUGAAUCGUCAUGGCUUAUUCUCAGUUGGGAUACUCCUCUACACCGCAGUUUUUAAUGACUUCUAGCUCCUUGGCUGGAGCUACCCCGUCGCCCUCCGUGCUACGCUCCUCGGGCCACCAGUUCACUCCUGGAAGCAGCAUCGGGGUCUACAGCGGCCCUUACACAAAGAGCCAAAACUAUUACAACACCUGCAGCAGUGACUCCACUGCUUUAUACUCAAGGGGGGCACUAGAUCCCAAAGAUGCUGCGUCUGUGCACAUGGGGACAUCUCAGACCCCUGUUUACUGCCCUUUUGAGUACACAUUUGGACAGUACCCCUAUGACAGAUAUGGGUAUUCCUGCUCAGAUAGUUCCUCACGUCGUAAAAACGCCACUCGAGAGACCACCAGCACCCUGAAAGCUUGGCUACAGGAGCACCAGAAGAACCCCUACCCAACUAAGGGGGAGAAGAUUAUGCUUGCUAUCAUCACCAGGAUGACACUUACACAGGUGUCCACAUGGUUUGCUAAUGCACGCCGGAGACUGAAAAAGGAGAACAAGGUGACAUGGUCACCGCGGGCAUGUAAAAGCUCUGAUGACAGAGGCUGUGAAGACGACAGCAGUGAACCGGUAAAGCCACCAAAAAGUGACACACAUGUUCCUGAUCAGCAUUGUUCAGAUCUACAGAGUGAUCUGGAGGACUUUGACCUGCUGGAGUCAGACACAUCUGAAAGUGAACUGAAGCCACCGUUUCUACCGGAGGACAGAGUAAGAAACCCAGACCUCAUCUGUGAUCAGCCCAUGCAGCUACCGGAACCACUGCAUGGAAAAGAAAGACUGUCCCCUGACCGUCCCAAACAAACACUGACCCAACAUCAGAAUAAUUCUUACUAUAUUCAUCCGGACCUUCGAAACACCAAACCUAAAAUCUGGUCCAUAGCUCACACUGCUGUGUCUCUGGAAACCAGCUUGCAGUCAGAAUACCCUGCUUGCAUGCUGUCAUCAAGGUCCUCCUCUCCUGGGUACCCAACAAAUAUGGCACUUACUAAAAGGGAAAGGCAACAGGAAUCACCAGUCACCACCCUCAGAGACUGGGUGGAUGGAGUUUUCCAUGGUCCUCCCUUUCAGCAGCCCAAACCAGCUGAGGCGUGGAAGGGCUUGGACCAAGUCAUGAUGGACAGCAGGACACCCUCACAAUCCUUUGAACACGUCCAAUCUACGUCGUCUUUGUAGUCCACCAAACCACCGUCAUCGUCAUCACAUCACGAGGAACUUCUGACCUACAAAUUGAAACAAAGGUUUACAUUCUGUUUGUGUGACUUUAUGACCUGACUGUUUGGUAAACACCACCCCAACAGCUCCAAUAAUUGAGUAAAACACUUUUCCAGAAUCUUACAAAAGGAGUUUAGAGCUUGUAGUUUUUUGUCUCCAUACAGUAGAGCCCAUAGCGAUGUCAUCAAGUGUUUAUUUCUCCAUCAUGGCAGUUUCCUGUGUACAGACUACCUACGUGCAUUUAGCAUUGCUUUACCACACAUUAUGAGAUGCGUAGCUAUUAUACUCAAGCCAAUGCUAAAAUGAAACCACCAUAUAAACAUAAAUAAACAUAAAGAAGGUAACUCCAUUAACUAUCUUGCCCCAAAAUGAAGCCAAAACAGUUUCUUGGGAGUGCUGCCAUGUUGUGUUUUUGGAGUCAGAAUCUAAAGAUAAGGGCUGUAUCAUCGAUACAAAAAUUCUGCCAGAACACCCUCCCAACUCUAACGUGCUGGCAUAUUGUGAGUCACAGCCAAAUGUAUUUAAAAAAGUUAUUCAUGAACAUACAGCAGCAAGGCAGGAGCUACAGUAAGUGGAAAAAAUAUCUGUAUCUUCAAAUAACAUACUUGCAUGCACAUUGUACGAAUUGUUCAUAAAUAACACAAAUUUUCCCUUUUUUACUUGUAUGCAGAUAUAAAAGAGACAAUGGAUUUUGUCAAAAACUUUGCUUCAAGUUUUUUAAGUCUCAGAGCUUGCAGGUUGUUAGGAAAUGUCACCUCUUGCAGACGCCGUUAUCGCCACCACUAAAACUUAAACACCACUAAAAGGGAUGUACUUCAGUCAGCCACAAGGGGUUGCUCGUUCUUUGUGGCUUCAACUUCUGGGUUUUGGUCCUUUAAGUUAAACUACAUGGACUAAAGCUCUGUAACAGAGCUUAAGUUCUUAAGUUUAAAAUCAGGUCACCAGUUAUUGACAAACUGUGGCUCAUUGUUGAGCCUUCAGAGCAGGAUGCUGGCAUCUUGAACUUUUACAUUCGCUUAGAUCGAAGACUAGAAUUUGAUCAGCCAUCUGAAUGAUCCAAAUUGAAUUACCCAAGCGAAUGGAGGUCAGGCAGAAACUACUUAUUCUCCCUUUAGAUAGUCAAUGUUUACGGUCUUCUCAGAGCUCCAUCAGGACCUUGGGAAAGCCUAUCUGAGGACCUCACUAAACAAUUCAACUGAUCACUGGUGUCCCCCUGAUAGUUCCUUUUCUAAGAAAGCUUACCUUCAAACUUCAGGGAUACAUUCAUGUCAAAUUGUAUGAAUUGUCCCUAAACUACAUGGAUUUUCCCCACAUGUUGCAGGUAUACGGACGCAUAGGGCAAUCUAACGGAUUUUAAAAAACCUCAAAUUUAUUUUAUGUCUCAGACCAUGUAGGAAGUAAAAUGAAAAAUCAUCUACCACAGUAAAGAAAAUAAAAACAAUCUCACAACCUGCUCUGCCGUUAGAAAUAAGUAGAAAUACUUCUCUUGUCCACUGCAGCUGCGUUCUCCGUGGCUGACAGUCCGCUUGUGACCCUUCCCUUGUUGAUUCAUGUGUGACUAAAAUGAUGGUGAAAAUUAUGGAUUUUUGAGGGUCAAGAUACAGGUAAACGUCGGUAGGGGUUGGCAUGUAUGGGGAUAAACAAAGAUCCCACAAACUUCUAACAAAAGUUGCAUGAGCUCUACAUGAUAAAAAAUGUGUAUAAAAAACAUCCAUUAUGUUUUUGGUAAAUAUUUUUAAAAAGUUAUUUUCUCUCUCUAAACUUAUUGCUCUUAAAUCAAGGCCUGUAUCACUUGAACAUGUGGAGAAACCAAUCAAACCAAGCAAACUUCAUAGACAUCUUGUGCUCGGUAAUUGUAGCUAAACUGCAAAUAGAAAACUGCUGGGGGUGUUAAGCAAACAGUCAGCAUGAUCCUGUUUGAGCUGUUUCUCAUGACAUAACUUGGAUGAACAUCUACGAUCUUUGAACAAAUGUACAGUUUACAAGUGUGAAAAAACCCCACUAUUGUUCACUUGCACUACAUUUGGCACAUGCACUGAGUCACGAAAAUAAAACCUGUGCAUUCCGUAAAAAGUGAUUUUUCUCCACCAUUAAGGCAGACAUCCGGUGUUACUGAAGCAGCAGUGGAAUCUCUUGUCAAUAUAAAUCUGUUUCUUGAGCAGUAGAUUAUACAUCUGCAGCUUUAGAGAUGUAAAUAUGUGUGUGAGAUUGUUUGUGUGUGUUUGGAGGGAGUGAAAGGGGGGGAAAGUGGGUGGUAUUCAGCCGUGACUAAUGGAAACACACAGAGGAGGGUGCUGCUAAAUUGUUAAAUCGAUGCCACUUCCACCUCGGCUCCAGAUAUAGCUGCAAUCAGCGAUGCGUCCCUUUUCAUUAGGAGCCUUGUGACUUCGUCAACCUUGGACAGGAAGAAGACUCCACCCUACCCGCAUCCCCGGCCGUCAUAGAAGCCCUGUGACCGUUUUAAACCAGCGUUGUUGUUUUUUUUAUCCUUUAGAUAUCUUUGUUUCCAAAGAAAAACAUCACUGUAAUACAUGGAAAAAUAAGGUUAACAUAAAAAUGUGAUGUUUUAUUAAAAAAAUAUAAUGGAAAACUUAGUGAAAAUAACUCACAAAACAUUUAAGCUAACACACUGUAAAAAAAA